AUGGGCGAUGCUGGUUCAAGCCGAACCGGCCAGCGCGGGCCUGGCGCGCUCGUGCUGUUGUCUGCGUGCGGGGUGCUGCUGCGGCUGCUGGUCGGCCUCUCCCCGUAUUCAGGCGCGGGCGACGCGCCCAAGUUUGGUGACUACGAGGCGCAGCGCCACUGGAUGGAGAUCACCACCAACACGCCGCCGCGCAGCUGGUACCAGGAUGGGCCCCACAACAACGCCUCCUACUGGCCCCUGGACUACCCCCCGCUGUCAGGCUACCAGAGCUGGAUCCACGGCAAGAUGGUGGCUGCGUUUGAGCCCGAGGCGGUCGCCCUUGGCUCCUCCCGGGGCUACGAGACGCCGUCAUCCAAGAGCCUGCUGCGCUGGACCGUCGUCCUAUCUGACGUCCUCACCUUCUUCCCCGCCGCCCUGCUCUCGGCGCGCCUCCUGAGGCCGGCGGCGGGGGCGGCCAGGGCGGCCGGGGCAGGGGCGGGCGCUGGCGCGAGCGCCGAGCUGUUUGCGCUCGCGGCGCUGCUGCUGCAGCCAGCGCACGUCCUGACCGACCACGGCCACUUCCAGUACAAUUGCAUCAGCCUCGGCCUCGCGCUCGGCGGCGCGGUGGCCAUCGCGGCGCACGGGCGGCGCGUACUGGGCAGCGUCCUGUUCUGCGCGGCGCUGAGCCACAAGCAGAUGAGCCUGGCUUACGCGCCCGCGUUCUUCGCGCACCUGCUGGGCAGCUCCCUCCAGGCGCCGGGCCUGCCUCGCCAGGUGAGCGCCGUGGCCGUGCUGGGGGUGACUGUCAUCGCCAGCUUUGGGGUCAUGUGGGCUCCUUACCUUACAUCUCUGGACAGCCUGAUGGAGGUCGUGUCCCGCAUAUUCCCAGUCCGCCGCGGACUGUAUGAGGACUACCUGCCCAACUGGUGGUGCGCCACGUCAGUCGCAAUUAAGUGGAAGGACCUGGCCAGCAACACAGCCCUCGUCCGUGCGUGCGCGGGGCUGGCGCUGCUGGCGUGCGCGCCCUCCAUGGUGCAGCAGGUGCUGGCGCCAUCGCCGCAGGGGCUGCUGCUGGCCAUGGUCAACAGCGGCUUUGGCUUCUUCAUGUUCGGCUACCAGGUCCACGAAAAGUCGAUUCUGCUGCCCCUGAUGCCCAUCACCGCCCUCGCGGCCUGGGAGCCGGACGCCGCGAUAUGGGGCCCAGUGGUCGCGGCCUUCUCCAUGUACCCCCUGCUGGAGAGGGAUGGCCUGGCGCUGCCCUAUGCCGGCGCAAUUGCCAUGUACCUGGCAGUCAUGGGGAAGCUGCGGGACGCGGCCUUCUCAGGCAGCGGCACGCCGCAGCGCGCGGCAGGCUGGCUGGCAGCGGCGGGGCAGGGGGCCAUAUGGGGCGGCGGCGCCGCCGCGCUUGCGCUGCAUGCGGCGCGCGCGCUGCUGCCGCCGCCGGAGCGGCUGCCGUGGCUGUGGGACCGCGCUUUCAUAUCGCUGGCGUUUGUGUAUGUGGUGGCGGGCAUGUGCUACUUCAACUGGCGGCAAUGGGCGCAGCCCGCCAGCGGUGGUAUCGUGUCCGCGACACCGAACGGCGUAGCGCCGCGCGGCGCCGCGGGGUCUGCAGCGGCGGCGGCGGCGCUGGGGCGGCGCGGCGGUCCGGUCGGCAUAGGCAGCGGCGGUGGUGCGAGCCCACAGGCGGCGGCGACGGGCAAAAUUAAGUCGACUUGA